AUGAAAGUUCUGCCUUUCCUACGGAUACCUUUAGAGGUUCGAGUCCCACAACGAGAAAAAACAUGUGUUGCACUACUGGCAGCCGCCACAGUUCUUCUGUUCUGCGGCGGCUUCUGUGUGUACACGUGGAGGGCUUACGAGCUGAUUAACAGCUGCGAGGAUUGUCAGCCUGAUCAUGUCUUUGUGGAAACGCCAGAUUCCACCGGAUCUCCAAGUUAUCCCUUGUAUGCUAUGCGCACGCAAGACGCUCCCGCGGCGAUCACCCAACUGGAAGAUCUGUCCGCAGCUCCCUAUGAUUCUUCCCUCGAAACUCUUCUCCCAGCAGCUUUCAAUUUUGUGCUUCAAAAGUAUUCCGUUGUUCCAGCAGCGGACGUCAAAGUAGUCGUUAUCAUUGCCUACUAUCGUUCUGGGUCGACCUUUUUCGGGGAGUUGCUGUCUUCCGCACCUCGGACAUUCUUUCAUUUCGAGCCUCUUAUGAUGUUCACUGUUAGUGGUGGAAUACGACCCGGAAGGCAGCGACAUGCUUUCCAGCUUCUGGACGCGCUCGUACGGUGCCGCUUUCAUCCUCUCUACACUGUUUGGUUGGAGAACAACCCUUACUACAAGUACAAUCACUUCUUGGCCGACAUCUGCGAAGGUGGACAGUCGUGUUCCUCCCCAAGUCAUCUCUCUGCUCUGUGUUCAAGGGCAGGAACUCAAGUAUUCAAGUUCACAAGACUUCGUACCAGUCAGGUAGAGUCUUGGAUUCAGCAGAACCAGGAUAUCGCGCGGACCGUUCGUGUUGUCCACCUGGUGCGAGAUCCGCGGGCCAUCUUCUCUUCUAGAGUAGGCCUUCGCUGGUGCACUGACUACGAGUACUGCGGUAGCGCAGCAGCCUUGUGCGAUCAGAUGAGAUCUGACCUAGACGCGUUCGGAGAGCUGACCCACCGAAUGCAUAAAGAGAGAACGUACCAGAUACGUUUCGAAGACCUCGCCGCAGAUCCGGUAAACGCGACGAUGCGUCUCUUCGAGUGGUUAGGCCUAGAUUUUGCUCCGUCGGUUAGGAAAUACCUCGAAGAGCACACGGUGGCAACUGCCGCCGAUAUCAGGAACGCACAUUCGACGAAAAGAAACACACGCCUGGUUGCACACUCGUGGAAGCGGAAGUUGUCAACGAAAACAAUACGACAAAUUGAAGCGACCUGCGGGGAUGUGCUUCAGAGGCUUGGUUACGAGCACUCUGCGACAACCGUGGAUGCUGCGAAAGCGUAAUGCUCGAUCACUUUGGCCAUUCAUAGUUUGCCAUACGUGUUAGCCGCUAUACCUGUACUAUAGGAAAUUACGGUUUUCGGGAAGUCACCAAAAUAUCAAUCUCAAUUUACGUUGGCGCAUGUAACCUGUACGAAGGCUGGCGAUGCAAGUGCGGCUGACAUGUGCUUGUGUGUCCCUUUGUAAUAUUUCGUUGACUUGUGUUGUGUUGUUUUGUUCACUUGAAAACCAAUAAUUCUGAGAUGUUUAGAUGUAAAAUGCCUGUUCUCGACACAUGACGCAAUAAAAUGUCAUUUUUUGUC